AGUAGAUAUUCUUAAGUACUAUUAUUUGUGCAAUGUAUUGUCGUUACUUAAAGUUAUUUAAGCAAAAAAGAUCGCAUUAUAUAUCGUGGAAUAUCUUGUUUCUCUGGGGAUUUGGAUUAUGGAUAGCUCUGUGUACAAGUAAUAUGUAUAAUUCAAUUAUAAUAGAACAAGAUCUUGGAAUUACAUAUAAUACCUCAAUAAAGACAAAGAAUAUAGAAGAUAUCGUAAAUAUUACAAAAACAAAUUAUAAUUUUUGUAACAUGAUAUUAAUAUUAAAAAUUAUGCUUCAAUAUAUUUAUAUCAUUGUAUCUAUAUCUUUUAUACUAUUUUUCAUAUAUUCACAUGGUUAUUUAAAAAAAGUGAUAAAUAAAUGGAAAAAUAUGAUGUGUAGCAGUUCAAUUAUUCCUUAUUUUGAAACUUUCUUAAAAAGUCGUAAAAAAAAUGUUUUUAAUAAAAAUGAUUCUGCUAUGUUAGAAUUUAGAAGAAAAUUUAUGACAAAUUCUGAAAUCAAUCAGAAUACAUUCUAUUUUCAAACAAAUUUAAGUUAUGAUGGUGAAGAAGAUAAAUUGAACUUGGAAAAAAAUAAAAAUAUAUUGGAUAAAGAUAUAAAUAUUGUUCAAAAUGAAAUUAUUUUUAAUACUUAUACAUUAUUGCUUUUCAACAAUUGUGAACUUAAUCAAUACUUCAAUAAUCAACAAUUAAAAAGUUAUUUAUCAAUGAAGCAUUUCAUAUGUCAAGAUUCACAGUUUAUAAAAAGUAAUUUGAAAAAUUCAAAUAAUUAUAAAAGAAAUGAUAAUUCUUUAUCAAAAAAAAUUAUACAAAGAGGCAUUGUUAGCUCUUCACCAGAAUUUCAAAAUUUUUUAGCAAAUUUAAAGAAAUCUCAAUUUUUUUAUCCAUGCCUAUUAGAAGUAUCUACAAGUUACAUGAUCCAUAUAAAAUCAAUACAUAAAUAAUUAUUUUACGUGCCUCAUUUUAAAUAAAAUAUUUUUAUUUGUAUUUGAACGUUUUUAUUUUUAAACUUUUAAAAUUUUAAUAUAUUAUAAAAAUAUACUCUUUACUGUAAUUUAAUUUUAUAUUUUUUUUUAGCAUAGUAUAACACUUAUGUAUUUCUAAAUAGUGGACAAAUCAUUUAUUUAGAGUUUUAAUAUAUAUAGAAUAAUUAAUAUUUUUAACAAUUGU